AUGACGCCUGCCGUCGCGACGCCGUCGCCCGCCAUUUUGCGCACGGUUUUAGAACGUCGAAUGGAACGUGUGGUCGGCGGAUCGGAGCGAGGCCCCCAUUUUUUCCCUGAAUGGGCGAUUGUAUUCCGGGAUGUUUGCGUACGAGGGUUAUCGGGCUUUUCUGGGAAAAAAUGGGGAUCAGGGACGGUUCUAUCGACCGCGCCUUUUGGGAAAGCACCAAACAAGAACGUGGUUGUUAAUGGGUUGAUUUUAGCCAGUGAUGGCCAGAAGAUGUCCAAGAGCAAAAAAAAUUCCCCGGUUUGUGGGAAAAAUUUAAAAUUCAAAGAAGAAGGAGUUCGUGGUGUUCUUAAAGAUGUGGUGUUACCGUGGUACAGCGCUUUGCGUUUUCUUUUAUUGAAUAUUGAGGGUUUUGUGGAAGAACACAAGCGGCCAUUUUGUUACACUGAAGGAGAAGUUGUUACCAAUUUAAUGGAUCGAUGGGUUAUUUCUUUAACACAGUCGCUCGUGGAGUAUUUUCAUAAUGAGAUGAGUCAUUACCGGCUUAAUGUGGUUUCUAGCGUAACCAGAUUCUUUGAUAAUUUCACUAACUGGUACGUGAGGUUAAAUAGAAAACGGUUCAGAAAUAACACGGAUCUGGGAGACCAAAAAGCAGCUUUGUGGACUCUUUUUGACGUAUUUUUAACUAUGGUUGUGAUGAUGGCACCGCUGGUACCAUUCGUGUCGGAAACCAUUUACCAACACUUGAGGACGUUUCUGGCACAAUCCGUUGACAGUGUUCACUAUGUAACACAACCACAAUCAAAUACAACCUUGAUAGAUAUAGACACAGAACGUGCUGUAUCUAGAAUGAGAAGCAUCAUAGAAUUGGGACGAGUGAUUCGUGAUCGGAAAAACCUUGCUCUUAAAUAUCCAUUAUCUGAGGUGGUAAUCAUCCACCAAGACCCUCAAUAUCUUGGUGAUCUUCACCUACUGGAGGAAUAUAUUCGUACUGAGCUAAACGUGCGCAUUGUCACUCUGAUCAGUGGCAGGAAGAAAUAUGGACUCACUUUACAAGUAGAACCCGACUUUAAAAUUUUGGGACUGCGGUUUAAAGACGAACUUAGAACUUUGGUGACUGGAAUUAGAGCUUUAACACGUGUUGAAAUCGACGAGAUGAUUAAAGUUGGCUAUAUUGUGGUAAAAGGACAACGUAUUGAAAUUUCUGAAGUUAAAUUACUCUGGAAGUUGGAGACCAAUUCGGGUCACUAUGAAGUUAAUAGUGACAACGACGUAGUUAUUGUGAUGAAUGUUGCCCCAGAUUCGGUGAUAAAUAGUUCAAGAGGUUUAGUUCUGUUAGAACUUGCCAAAAUUCCCACUACAGUGAAAAAUCUGUAUUCCGAAGUGUUUCGUUUAUUUGGAGUGGACAACUUCAGGUUGGUUAACAGCGAUGGGAAAGAGAUUGGUGACAGCGAAUUACUGAGUUUGUCAGGACGCACAAUUUUUGUCGUACCUUGUAACAAGAACGUAGUUUUGCCCAAAGAAACGGUCGCACCUUUUUGUGAAGUUCGUAAUUUCGUUGAAAGAAACACUGAAGGUACUAUCAUUUUGGAAAAUCCGGAAGGUAACAGAACGUUUUUCAGUGAGUUGGAUUAUAAGAGUAUUGUUUAUGAGUGGACCAAGAUGCCAAAAACCAGUCAAAUUUAA